UCAUAUAUAUUCCUUUUGUGAUCACCACGCUUAAACUUAUUAAACCCCAGCAAAACCCACACCGCCGCUCCAACAUUCACCUCUUAAUUGAUUUCCCCGAUGCCUACGUUGCCUUUUUUCUUGCUUUCUGAGGCAAAACAUCAAAAACAUCGAAAGCGAAAAACCAAUGUGCAGUGAAAGAAAGCAAGAUCGGAUUCAAAGUGUGCGACCAACCACAUGGGAAUGCUAGUUAUCUGCCACAGAUGACAUCCAAAACGGCGUCACCCUAAAUGCAAAUCAACUAACCCACCCACAAAUAUGGGCACACUUAAAGUGUUCAACUACCAGUUCAAGCCUUUGUACAGUCUUCGCCUGGCUGGUGACGAGCCUUCUUCUCUAUUCAAGACUCUGUAUGAUAUCUCUGUCCGCAUUCGAGCCAACCCUGGCUUCUGGUUCUCGCAACACCGAAGUUUUUCGUCAUCAGAUUCUAGUUCAUUUAUGGAGGUGGUCAAAGCAGUUGCAAAGCAGGGGUCUGAAGCUUGUGGCAGUGUCGCCAUAAGAGCAGAACAAAAGAGUUACAGUUACAGUCAGCUCAUCUCAUCUGCCUGGAAAAUAUCGAGUCUACUACUUAAUGGCAAUUUAAAUGCUGCAAUUGCACCAAACAAACAAGAAAAAUCUUCAUUGUCAGUUGAUGAUGUUAGAGGAAACAAACAUCUUGGUGGAGCUCGAAUAGGAAUUGUGGCUAAACCAUCAGCUGAGUUUGUUGCUGGAAUACUUGGCACUUGGUUUAGUGGAGGUGUUGCUGUUCCACUGGCUUUGAGCUACCCAGAAGCCGAGCUUUUGCAUGUGAUCAAUGAUUCGGAUGUAUCUAUGAUAUUAAGUACUGAAGAUCAUCGUGAGCUUAUGCAAAAUGUUGCUGCUAAAAGUUCUGCCCAAUUUUAUCUUUUUCCCGAACUUCCUAGCAUAACUUCACAGGCAAGCACUUAUGAUCACUUACAAACAAGAGGAAAAGAUGAAGAGAAAAGUUCACUGGAAAACACUCUGAUAUCACAUAAAAUAGAAGGUGAUAAUCCAGCAUUAAUUAUAUACACUAGUGGUACAACAGGUAAACCUAAAGGUGCUGUUCACACUCACAAUAGCAUCUCUGCACAGGUCAAAAUAUUGGCUGAAUCUUGGGAGUACAUAUCUGCUGAUCAAUUUCUGCAUUGUCUGCCACUACAUCAUGUUCAUGGGCUUUUCAAUGCUUUACUAGCCCCACUUUAUGCGGGUUCUGUGGUUGAGUUCAUGCCAAAAUUUAGUGUGAGGGGAAUCUGGCAGCGAUGGCGUGAAUCAUAUCCGGUAGAUGGAACCAAGGUUGAAGGUGCUAUAACUGUGUUUACAGGGGUUCCAACUAUGUAUACUCGAUUGAUUCAAGGUUAUGAAGGAAUGGAUCCAGAGUUACAAGCUGCUUCUGCCUCAGCUGCAUCCCAGUUACGACUUAUGAUGUGUGGUUCCUCUGCACUCCCUUUUCCUAUCAUGCAACAGUGGGAAACCAUCACAGGCCAUCGUCUUUUGGAACGAUACGGAAUGACUGAGUUUGUCAUGGCAAUCUCUAAUCCCUUAAGAGGUGUGCGUAAGGGAGGCACUGUUGGUAAACCAUUCCCUGGUGUGGAGGCUAAGAUUCUAUUAGAAGAUGAGAGUAGCAGUGAUGCAACAGGAGUUGGUGAGCUUUGCAUUAGGAGUCCUUCCUUGUUCAAGGAGUAUUGGAAACUUCCUGAGGUGACUAAGGAAUCAUUCAUUGAUGGUGGUUUCUUCAAGACUGGAGAUGCUGUUAAAGUGGAUGAAGAAGGAUACUACAUCAUUUUGGGACGUAAGUGA